UAGCUCUGCACCCCGCUGUAACCGUCUCAGCACCCUGAACUGCUGGGGUCGGGCACGGGGUCGCCUGAGCAAGGGAGGACUCGCUCAUCCAAGCCAGCUGGGAAAGAUCGAUAAAAAGGCCAUGUACAAAGCUGGGAUGGUGCAGAGGGUCCAGAACGAGGUGAAAAUACAUUGUCAGCUGAAGCACCCUUCCAUUUUGGAGCUCUAUAACUACUUUGAGGAUAGCAAUUACGUGUACCUGGUGUUAGAAAUGUGCCACAAUGGCGAGAUGAACAGAUACCUGAAGAGCAGGAUGAAGCCAUUCUCAGAGGACGAAGCGCGGCACUUCCUGCGCCAGAUCACCACGGGGAUGCUGUACCUGCACGCCCACGGCAUCCUGCACCGCGACCUCACGCUGUCCAACCUGCUGCUGACCCGCAGCAUGAACGUCAAGAUCGCCGACUUCGGGCUGGCCACGCAGCUGGCGGUGCCGCAGGAGAAGCACUACACGCUGUGCGGGACCCCCAACUACAUCUCCCCCGAGAUCGCCACCCGCAGCGCGCACGGGCUCGCGUCGGACGUGUGGUCCCUGGGCUGCAUGCUGUACGCGCUGCUCGUCGGGCGGCCGCCCUUCGACACGGACACGGUCAGGAACACGCUCAACAGGGUGGUGCUGGCGGACUACGAGGUGCCGGCUCACCUGUCGAGAGAGGCCAAGGACCUGGUCCAGCAGCUGCUCCGCAGAAACCCGGCCGACCGCCUGAGCCUGGCCGCGGUGCUCGACCACCCCUUCAUGUCCCGGAGCGCCGGCGCGAAGGGCAGAGACCGGGGGACUGCGGAGGACUCGCUGGACAGCGGGCACGCCACGAUCUCCACCGCCGUCACGGCCUCGCCGAGCGCCAGCUUCGCCGACCGGAGGAGACUCUUGGUGGCCCAGCCGCUGCCAGACCGGAUGGCCGCGCCCCCGCAGGGGAGGCAGUUUCCGUCCUUCGGGGAGGGAAGCGGCCCCUCCGCCCGGUGGGGGCUGCAGGGGCCAGAAGCCAGCG